UUUGGGGCCACAGCCAGUUGCAUAAUCCUUCUAUUUGCAUUCUGGCCUGGACAGCCUACCAGAGUAGACCAUAUCAGACCCACAACAGCUCCAUUUGUCCUGACACUCGGCCCAGGAGGUGACCAAAGGUGUCCAGCCAGGACUGAGCAGCAGAGGGAGCCAAGGUGUGCAGGUCUCCCGGCCUUGCGCUGUCGCUGGAGGAUGGAGGCCCUCAAUGUGUCCGUCCCACUCAACUUCUCCCUGCCGCCCAACUUCGGCAAGCGCCCCACCGACCUGGCGCUGAGUGUCAUCCUGGUAUUCAUGCUGCUCAUCAUGAUGCUGUCGUUGGGCUGCACCAUGGAGUUCAGCAAGAUCAAGGCUCACUUCUGGAAGCCUAAGGGGCUGGCCAUCGCUGUGGUGGCGCAGUAUGGCAUCAUGCCCCUCACUGCCUUUGCUCUGGGCAAGCUUUUCCGGUUGAACAAUAUUGAGGCACUAGCCAUCCUGAUCUGCGGCUGUUCCCCUGGCGGGAACCUGUCCAACAUCUUCAGUCUGGCCUUGAAGGGGGACAUGAACCUCAGCAUCGUGAUGACCACCUGUUCCACCUUCAUUGCCCUGGGCAUGAUGCCCCUCCUCCUGUAUGUUUACUCCAGGGGGAUCUAUGAUGGGGACCUGAAGGACAAGGUGCCCUAUGGAGGCAUUGUGUUAUCACUGAUCAUGAUUCUCAUUCCUUGCACCAUAGGCAUCUUCCUCAAUGCCAAAAGGCCACAAUACGUACGCUAUGUCACCAAGGGAGGAAUGGUCAUCAUGCUUUUGCUCAGUGUGGCCAUCACAGUGCUCUCUGUCAUCAAUGUGGGCAAGAGCAUCAUGUUUGUCAUGACACCCCACCUGUGGGCCACCUCCUCCUUGAUGCCCUUCAUCGGCUUCCUGCUAGGCUACAUUCUCUCUGCUGUCUUCCGCCUCAAUGAACAAUGCAGGCGCACUGUCAGCAUGGAGACUGGAUGCCAAAAUAUUCAACUCUGCUCCACCAUCCUCAAUGUGACCUUCCCCCCUGAAGUCAUCGGACCACUUUUCUUCUUUCCUCUCCUCUACAUGAUUUGCCAGCUUGGAGAGGGGCUUCUCCUCAUUGUCAUCUUUCGGUGCUACGAGAAAAUCAAGCCUUCCAACAAUAAAACAAAAAUGACCUACAAAGCUGCCACAACUGAAGAAACCUUUCCAGCGGCUCUGGGAAAUGGCACCCAUAAAGAGGACUGUCCUCCGCCUUACACAGCCUAGCCUUCCCCCAGUGACCUGGAUUCAGGUCAGAA